AUGUUAGUUAUGGGAGUUAAUUGUAGUAAAUCAUGGAGUGUUGGGGGUUUAGUUUUGGAUGGACACGGGUUUAGACCCGGUACCACCCUUCCCUCUUGUCACCCUUUUGAGCAGUGGCCAUAUUUAAGCAAUGCAAACCCAAUUCAAACCCUAGCCCUAAAUGAUACUCUCCAGCCGGCAACCUCUAAGCACCGAUCGCCAUUUCCCUUACCCUACUUCAACUUGCAGCGCCGCCAGUGGGGACGUCGGGUGCAUCGGAGGAUCACCGUAGCUGCCGGAAACGAUGUCAAGGGUAGGUUGCUGACUCUCUCAGAUGUCCUCCUCCCUUUUCAUUUGGUUCGCGUUAGGGUGGCUGCUUCAGCCUAUAACCACCGCUGUAACGCAGGGAUUGCAGUGUUGCCGUCAUACGCCACCACCUCUACCCCUUUUCUCUUCGUGAUGGCGGAUGUUGAUGUUGUUGUUAACAAAGACCGAGCAGGGACCAUCUUUGGCCGUUGUUGCUGUUGCUGCUCACCCGCCGAGACUGCUAACCCUAGUCGCCACCCUCGUUGA